CCAUGUUUCUACAUCAAAAGGGGAGACCAAGCAUCGAUAAUUGGGGGAGUAAUAGAAUUUAUUAAGGAAUUGCACCACGUUUUACAAGCUUUGGAGUCCAAGAAACAAAGGAUGAAAAGCGUGAGCCCUAGGGCACCAGUAGUUCAUCAUCCUCAGCUUGAUCAAAGGUGUUUUGGACAUGAAAGUUUUAAGGAAAUAGGAGCGUCCUGCAACUCUCCUCUUGCAGAUGUGGAAGCAAAGAUCUCAGGUCCAAACGUGGUGCUGAAAGUUAUAUCGAGGAGGAUCCCUGGCCAAGUUGUGAAGAUAAUCACUGUACUCGAGAAGCUUUCCUUCGAGAUUCUUCACCUCAAUAUCAGUAGCAUGGAGGACACUGUUUUAUGCUCCUUUGUCAUCAAGAUAGGGUUGGAAUGCCACCUGAGUCUGGAGGAGCUGGCACUUGAAGUUCAACAAAGCUUCUACUCUGAGUCCGUUCAUGCAAAUGAUCAUAAGAUAUAGUAGUCUUUUCAUGAUCUUGGCCGUCAAAUAUAUAUCCAUGCUGCUUUGGAAAAAUCAUCUUUGCAAUCAUAUAAUAUAUAUAUAUAUAUAAGAAAAAGCUCUCAAGGCAACUUCUUAGUUUAAAAACAUGGUUAAACAUAUUAUACAUGCAUAGUAGUAUCAUAGUUCUAAAGAUUAUA